AAAAACGUCUGGUAACUCUUCGUUGAAUUGACAAAACGAUAUGUCAAAUUUGACAUAGUGCAAAAAAAAUUAUACUUGUGCAAGUGAGCGAGUCUUCAGCAAUUCGUUUUUUCAUAUUCUAUUAAAGAAAUUAAACAAUACCAUAAUAUAAAAAGAUGUUGUCUCAAACUAUUUUGAAUGGUGUACGCGUCUUGCGUGUUGAAGCCCGCCGUAGCAUUGGUAUCAUUGCCCCAGCCAUGAGCAAGGCCUCCGAUCCCAUUCAACAAAUUUUCUUGGACAAAGUACGUGAAUACAAACAAAAGAGCGCUGGUGGCAAAAUGGUUGAUCCUACCCCCGAAAUUGAGAAGGAAAUGAAAAAUGAAUUGGAACGUGUUGCCAAACAAUACGGCAGUGAUGGCAAAACUGAUAUGACCAAAUUCCCAGACUUCAAAUUUCCCGAAGUUAAAGUUGAUCCCAUCAACACAACCGCCUAGAUUUUAAUUAGAAAUGUCAUUUAAAGAAAACAUAAAUUCCAACUGUGUUGUUAACUCGUUAAUACAAAAUGUGGAUGAGAAACAAUUGAAUUGAUCUGGCUCUAAUAGUAAUGAUUUUAAAAAUCAUUUUACUUCUGCCAUGUUUAGUUCAAAUGAUGCGUUUUUGUUGUAUCAUUUCGAGAAAUAUUUAAAAUAAAAUCAAUUGGAUGAUAUAUAAAAACAAA